AAUAUCUUCUUCCUUCUGUUAUAAAUACAAGCCAAAAGACACGACGGUGGAUAUUUUUUAAUUCUUUCUUGCAAGAAACGCAUAGAAAUAUCUUAAAUGUCACGUUCUCUGGUUCCUACGUUUUUUAACCGAGAUUGGUGGAGCGGUUACGAUUAUCCACCUCGUCUUCUCGAUCAGCAUUUUGGUUUGGGAUUAACAGAUGAUGAUCUCUUCCCUCCCACUCUUUACAGAGGUAUGGUCAUAAGACCCAGACGGCAAACAAGUCGUCAGGUAUCAAAUUCGGGUGUUUCGGAGAUUGUUAACACUUCCGAUAAAUUUCAAGUGAGUUUGGAUGUAAGUCAUUUUAGUCCCGAAGAUAUUACAGUCAAAACGGUGGAUAAUUGCUUGAUGGUUCACGCCAAACACGAAGAGAAGGUGGAUCAACACGGAUUCGUUUCUAGAGAAUUCACGCGGAAAUAUAUUCUACCUAAAGAAGUGGUUCCUGAAAGUGUCGUAUCAUCAUUAUCUCCCGAUGGAGUUCUUACUAUAGAGGCACCGAAACAUUCGCAACAAUUGCCAUCCAACGAGAGACUUGUGCCCAUAACAAAAAGAGAAGCUUCGGCAUUACCCAGCAAAGAAUAGGAAAAUUCAAUGCGUUAUCCCUUACAGAAUGUGAGUGGAUCCAUUUGCUUAUUUAUUCGAAUGAUCCACAUGCUUCAUUUUUUACUAUUUAACUUAAAAAAAUUGUUAUUGCACUGUAAUAUUUAUAAUAAUGAAAAAAUUAUAAUAGGUAAUUUGAAUUAUUAAUAUAAUGAUUUUUUAU